GAAAACAAUAUGGCUCGUAUUUCGGAUUGGCAUUUUCUCUUCUUACGGCAGGAUUGAAUAGGCGGCGUGGAACCGCAAACAAUGCAGAUUCAGUUUUCAAUAUGCUAUCACAAACAUACAUAGCAAAAAUGAGUUUCUGGUUGUGAACAUUCUGUACGACUUCGGGUUUACCACAUAUCUAUAGAUUUUAUUCGGAUUUUUAUUAUUCAUUGUCGCUUUCUUUUCGUUGAUUAUGCCGUAUUAUACAGAUUCUUUUUGUAUAAAUAGAUGUGUAGUCAGCAGCACUAUGUAGUUUUUUCAGAUCUUUCAGAUAGUAUACAUUGUUUUAUUGCGUUGUAGUCAUAGAGAUUUAAAAUGUGGUGGAUUUUACUUUUUCUACCUACUGUCAUUUUGGCUUACCAUCCCAGUCCGAAUUCUACCGUUUUUAUCGCAAAUGGUGGAUGUGGACACCAGUAUGACUGUAAGCCAGCUACCCAGUGUUCCGUUUGGUAUGACGAACUUCAUUUGUAUUCAUCGAAACCCUGCACCGACGCACGGGGUUAUGUCGGCCUUUGCUGUCCUGAUGUUGCUCAUGUGAAAUCUGUGUUGAACACGAAAAUCGAUACGAACUUGCCGAUCUCAUCUACUCAAUCGAUCCCUUUAAAACUGCUGGAGCAGACUUCCCGUGCAGCUCGAAUCGAUUUGAUUGACAUGAACGUAGUUGAAGAAAAUCUCAAUUACAACCAAAUAAAAAUGACCGAAAAUUCAAUGGCCUGGACGCACGCAACUGGCAUGGCUCCAAUGGAAAUGACACAUAAUGAAGGCGUCAAAGCUCUCCUGAUAGUCAACACUGCCCGACAUUUGCAGGACAAGUUAUCACUUUCAUCGCAACAAGCUGCACUCGGAUUACAGGGGAUUGACACUAGAUUGAGUUUCCUAGGAGACACGUGUCCUCGACUUCCUGUAUGUUUACUGAAUAAAUAUCGGACUUUCGAUGGAACUUACAACAACCUACGACAACCUUCCUGGGGUAGCGCACGGUCACCUUUGGAAAGACUGGCUCCACCUGAAUACGACGACGGUAUAUGGGAUCCGAAAAUGCGCAAAGCAGGCAAACAGCUUCCCAAUGUUCGUCUAAUCAGAAAUGUUAUAGUUACUGACGGAAACUAUCCAGCUGUAGAUAUGACGCACAUGUUUAUGCAAUGGGGGCAAUUUGUGGAUCAUGAUAUGGUUCAAGUUCCACAAUUCCGAACGGCCAAUCAAUCAAACAUUGAAUGCUGCACUGCAGAGGGUGGGAUCAUCUCACCUGAAAUGCGCCAUCCACACUGCUUCCCAAUUGACAUUCAACUCAACGAUCCUUUCUAUGGUCCCAGAGGUGUACGAUGCUUGAACUUUGUUCGAUCCAUGAUUGCCCCUCGGAUAGAAUGUCGAAUGGGUUAUGCAGAUCAAAUGAAUCAGCUUACCCACUUUAUCGAUGCCUCGCAUGUAUACGGAUCAUCACCCGCUAUUGCUGCAAGUUUGCGUCAGUUUGUAGGAGGUCGUCUGAAAAUCUCCAAAAUUGAAGGUCGUAUUUACCCAUCGCAAAAUUUCAAAGACUCAAGUUGCGUCGGUCGAACUGGUGGCUUUGGUUGUUUUGUUUCAGGCGAUUUGCGUACCAAUCAAAUUAUGACACUUACAUCGUUGCACAUCAUUUUCCUGCGUCAGCAUAAUUUACUUGCAAACAAAUUGGCUGCCAUCAACCCUCAUUGGAAUGAUGAAGUUCUUUAUCAAGAAACUCGACGCAUUGUUGGUGCCUUGAUGCAGCACAUCACCUACAACGAAUUCCUUCCGUCUUUACUCGGUCGAACAACGAUGGACGCUUACGGCCUCACACCGCAAACCCAUGGAUACUCUUCAAGUUACGACGAGAAUGCCAACCCAUCAAUUACGAACGAAUUUUCCACGGCUGCCUUCCGUAUGGGACACUCUCUCAUCCAGGGUGCAAUUCCGGCUGGUGCAAUGAAUUUAGUGGAGGAAAACGGUAAAGUCCGAGUGGAACUGAUGCGAAACUGGUUCAACAAUCCUUCUUUACUUCGCCAAGCUGGCAUAUUGGACGCUGUAUUGCGAGGAAUGAUGGACCAGUGGCCCCAAAAGGUGGACGAAUGGGUCUCUGAGGACGUAACGAAUCAUCUCUUUCAAAGACCAAAGAAAGAUUUUGGAUUGGAUCUUGUAGCUCUCAAUAUAUGGCGUGGACGUGAUCACGGCCUUCCUGGUUACAAUACCUAUCGUCAAGUGUGCGGAUUGCCUCCCUUGACGAACUUUACGGAUCUCUUGGAUGUUAUGGAUCGUUCGGUGGUGGAUCGUUUGGCUUCAGUUUAUGGCUCCGUCAACGACAUUGACCUUUAUAUUGGUGGCCUAGUUGAGCACCAUUUGCCUGGGUCGAUGGUCGGUCCAGUUUUCUCGUGUAUAAUUGCUGAUCAAUUUGCACGUUCGAAAGAGGGCGACCGUUUUUUUUACGAACACGGUGGACAUCCGAAUUCACUUUCACCAGCUCAGUUGCAAGAAAUCCGUAAAAUGAGUUUAGCAGCGAUCAUCUGUGACAACGCCGACCGUAUAUUCAAGGUUCAGCUGCUGGUUUUCCGCCAUCCUUCACCUACGAAUCUUCGCGUCAAUUGUCAAUCGUCAAUGAUUCCUCGUAUGAAUGUUGCCGCAUGGAUACAAUAAUUGCGUUUCUUAAGUUACCAACUUUGUUUUAUGUGAACGCCUAACACAACUCAAUUCAUAGGCAUUUUAGGCAUUCAACAUUUUAGCUCUAAAUUUUCCCAUAAAUUUGAAAAGUAUAAAUCCUUGGCUUAGGUCUGUUAUCCUUCAGCACUUUCCCUAGAGAUAGAAGAUUAGUGACAAGGAUAAUAAUUCUAUGUGCUGUGAUAUCGUUAAAGCUCUAAUAGACAGUGUAAAUACAUA